GCCUUCUACAGUACAGACACUGACAUCAGAGUAGCCCUUUAGGCAACUGUUAGACCUCCAGCAUGAAGGCUUCUGUCUGGUUUGUCAUCUGCGCUGCGGUUGUAAGAGCAGCUGUAAAGGAUGAAGUGGAGACAGUAGAAGUUACAGAGGGAGCCACGGUAACUCUGAGAACUGACUGGACCGGAAUGAAGAAAGAUGAUGUAGUACAGUGGGAAUUUGGAUUUACAGAUACUUGCAUAGCAGUGCUAAUUAACAUGAACAGUGUCACUCAUUAUGAUGAAAGAUUCAGAGACAGACUGCAGCUGGACACACUGACUGGAUCUCUGACCAUCAGCAACAUCAGAAUCACACACUCUGGACAUUAUAAAGUGCUGAUCAGCAGUGAAGAGAUCUCAAUCAAGCAUUUCAGUGUUACUGUGUACACCCCUCUCUCUGAACCCACCAUCACAGACCUGUCAGAUAUAAGCAAGUGUCAGAGUCCUCACACUAACACACCACAACCGUCAGUGGAUCAGUCAAUGCAGUCUCAAAGCACUCCCCUCAGUGCAGACAGAAGUCCUGCAUCAUACCAGUGCAAGGUGCUGUGUUCAGUUACAAAUGGCCCAAAGGUCAGUUUGUCAUGGAUUAGAAACAGACAUACACUGAAACAGAGGAAUAAUCUUGACCUCAGUGUCCCUCUCUGCCUCCAUCUGGAGAUAAACAUUCAGGACAAUCACAUCUACAGCUGUGUAGCUACCAACCCAAUCAGCAAUCACUCAACCCAAUUCAGCAUCAUACAGUUCUGUCCACAAACUGGUCUGUCCAGUGUCCACUGUUGUGGCUCCAUUGAAAUUGUGGUCCGAUUGGUCCUCUCUGCUGUGGUGGUCCUGGCCACACUUGCCCUUCUGGUUUAUCACUUCAGAUCCAGUUUUCAGUAG